ACGCAUAUUCCAGAAGAAUGGCGUCCCCAUUGACGCAGACAGGAGUGGAGCAGAUGCGUCAGGAGUUCUACGCGGAUCCUAAAAAUAGACUAGCGCAGAACAUAUGUUCUAGAUCAGACCCUAUUGAAGCUUGUCUAACCAGGAAAUGUCUAGAGGAGCGGGUCCACGUAUUUAACACUAAGGUUGAGGCGGAAGGCAAGCCUGUCACCAACCAGAAGAACUCCGGCAGAUGCUGGAUAUUCGCCGCACUCAAUGUCAUGAGGCAGCCGUUUGUCAAGCAGUUUAACUUGGACGAUUUUGAGUUUAGUACAGCCCACCUUUUCUUCUGGGAUAAGUUGGAACGGAUCAAUUUCUUCCUGCACAAUAUCGUAUUGACCGGAAGACGAGGGGAGGAGGUCACAGGGCGAACAGUAGCUUUCCUAUUGGGUAAUCCGACUAAUGAUGGAGGACAGUGGGAUAUGCUUGUAAACCUAGUAAACAAGUAUGGUUUAAUGCCGAAGAAAUGUUUCCCUGAAACCUUCUCUUGUGAAUCAUCUUCAAGGAUGAAUAAUAUCCUCAAAUCAAAAUCUAGAGAGUACACUAGAACACUUCGGACGAGUAUGGCUGAGGGUAAAACCGAUGAGGAACUUGAAACUAUGAUUAGAGAAAUGAUGAAGGAAGUAUACAGAAUAGUGGGAAUUUGUUUGGGAAUUCCUCCACAAACCUUUACUUGGGAAUACGUAGAUAAAACCAAGCAAGUACAGAAACUAGGCCCAAUAUCCUCCGUGGAUUUCUACAACAAUCAUGUCAAGCCUCUCUUCAAUGUCGACGAUAAAGUUUGUUUGGUAUCUGAUCCGAGGCCCAGCAACCCAUAUGGCCGUAGCUAUAGUGUGGACUGUCUCGGCAACAUGGUGUACGGUGAACCAGUUGUGUACAAUAAUCAACCAAUAGAAACAUUGAUCUCUUUAGCCAGGUCGUCUUUACUGGUGGGAGAAUCUGUUUGGUUUGGCUGUGAGGUUAAUAAACGAUAUGUGGCAAAACAGGGUUACCUUGAUACCCAGGCACAUGACUAUGAGCUUGUUUUUGGUGUAGAUGUACAACUCGGCUUGAGCAAGGAUGACCGUCUAAUAUACAGAGACUCCUUGAUGACCCACGCUAUGGUUCUCACCGGCUGCCAUAUUGAGGAGGAUGGAGAGGUUUCAAGAUGGAGGGUAGAGAACUCCUGGGGAGAUGAGAGAGGAGACAAGGGAUACCUUCUCAUGUCCUCCGACUGGUUCAAGGAGUUCGUCUUCGAAAUCGUCGUUGAUAAGAAACAUGUUCCAGCAGAGGUUCUUCAAGUUGAAAGUAUGGAACCUAUUGUCCUUCCGGCCUGGGACCCACUUGGCUCAUUAGCUCACUAAUAUCAAUCAAUCACUUAUAUCCCUACCCUCCUCUCAAGGUUGUAGUAUGGUACGCCUUAGGAUAUUUUGGUCCUUGACCGACCUCCUGACAACUGGAGGCCAGUGACCUUAAAACUUGCGGUUUUCGGAUCUCUUCUUUUAUCUUAAACCUUGACGCAAAUAAACGCGAAAAUGAAAACGUUUUUUCUUAAUAAUUAGUUUUUAUU